AGAGCAAGAAUUGGCGUUUAUUCUUUUACCUAACCCUGCAUUUCAUAUUUACAAGUCACUGUACUGCUUUAAACGUGAAAUAAUAAUAGUAUAGUUUUAGUAUUCUUGGGUUUAUUCAAUCUGAAUGUGGUUGUGAUAUAAAUUGCUUUUUCCAAUACAUCUGGAUUAAAUUUAAUGUUAACUGUAUAACACGUAAUAACGUAAUUUGUUAACUGUUAAAUUGGAGACAAACUUCUGUAACGUACAGAGAAUUGUUUUGAUAUCUUCUUGUCUCUACAUAAUAAUUUAUAAUGGAGUGUAUGAUUGGAAUUACUUUUAAGGACUUUGUUCUUCUUGCUGCCGACAUGACUGCAGUUCAAAGCAUUUUUGUUGUGAAAUCAGAUGACAUUAAACUACAUAAAUUGUCGGAACACCUGGUGAUGGCGGCUGUAGGAGAGUCAGGUGACAAGACACAGUUCGCAGAGUACAUCGCCAAGAACAUCCAGUUGUACAAGAUGAGGAAUGGUUACGGCCUAUCACCUGUUGCUGCUGCCAACUACACUAGACGUUCACUUGCAGAAUACCUCAGGAGCAGAACACCUUACCAAGUGAACAUGCUCAUGGGAGGGUACGACAACGAGGCAGGUCCGGUCUUGUACUUCGUCGACUACUUGGCUGCCCUUGUCAAGAUCCCGUACUAUGCCUACGGUUAUGGAGGAUAUGUUUCGUUGAGUGUGAUUGACAGAUACUAUGGCAAGGGAGACAUGACACCAGAAGAAGGCUACGAGCUAUUGAAGAAGUGCGUUGUGGAGAUCCAGAAACGUCUGGUGAUCAACCUCCCUAACUUUCAAGUUCAGAUGAUCAGCAAAGACGGCAUCGUGGAAUUACCCAACAUUACUGCAAAGACAUUAGCAGUUGAGGAAACAAAGGCAGGCUAGCCCAUGCAUAUGUUACGCUUCUUUCUAAUAAAUUAAGUUACUAAAUUUGGAUACUACAAAAA